AUGGCGGAUCUCCAAGUAUCACCCAUAUCUCAACUCCUCCACACACUGGGGUUAACGCGCGAAGACCUCAACAAACGCAGCGACCAGAUGCGACAAUUUCUCACAGCCGAUGACGCCCUGUCUUCACGCGUUCUCGAGCGCGAUAGUGGCUCCUCGCGGUCGUUGGCGCGUUCGCUGUCCCGCGCCAGUUCAAGUUCCCUCCGUGAAGGCACCCCGCCGGCCACACCAGUGAAGUCCGAACCACACGAGAGCACAAUCCCUCAUCGCCGUAUGGAUAGCAUGGAGAUGGUUUUGGAAAGGCAAAGACGUCAGAGGAAGAGCCGGAAGGAGCGAGAGCGCGAGUCGAGCAAAAACAUGCUACACCCGCCAUCCCCCUCCCCCAGUAACGCGUCUCAAUCCACGCCAAGUCUUGAUUCACACAUGCAUUCACGCGAUGAAUCACGGAAUAGUAGUCAAGCAGCUACGGCUGGAGGAUCUAGCGUCCCCAGAGAGACCGUUGAGCCCCCGCCAGUUACUCCUCAGAAAAGCAAGUACUACAGAGACCAUACAAUUUUAAGCGCAACGUCGCAGCCAUCCGAGGACUUGACAUGUAAAACUGAGACACCGACUCCCACGCGCCCCAUCACUCAGCCGCCGCCUCCUCCCCAGACCCAGCCUCUGCAUCCCUACUAUGCUUAUCCGGGGUACAUGGGCUAUUCACAUUAUUUGCCCGUGGCCUAUCGACCCGCACAACCCAGCUCCUCUUCCUCUAUUCCUAUCACCCCCCAGGCUCAGCGUACCCAAUCAGUUCCCCGUAAAAAGACCCCAUCACCUCUUCCACCAUCUUCCCCACCUCCACCCUCGUCUCCUAUGUCAUCGCCUGUUCGCAGGAUCAUCAACGUUGUCUCAUCUCCGGGACCAAUGGGUCCUGAACCCGAAGAGAACGAAUACGACAACUUACCCUAUAAACUCCCUCCUGGACCUUAUUCACCCAACAAACCAGACCUCUCCUACGCCGCACUCGUUGGCCGAGCGAUUUUAUCAUCUCCAGAGCAUCGUCUCACUCUUCAAGAGAUUUAUGACUGGAUUACAAUUGUCUACCCUUACUACAAGCGAGGCGAAACAACUUGGAUGAAUAGCAUCCGGCACGUCUUAAGCACUACAGUGUGCUUCCGCAAGGUUCCUCGAGAUCGCUCGGUCGGCAGGACUCUAUGGGCUAUCUAUGACGAAGAUUUGGAGUGCUUCAAAGAUGGUGGUUUCAAGAAGCAUUUGUGCAAGGAUUACAUAAACGGAAACGACGGCAAAGAGAAGGGUGCGUCCAAAGGUAAAGCCAGAGCGCGCAAACGGGGGGAAGAUGACGACAAUCCAGAGGGCCGCAAGACAAAGAAAGCGAAGAAAGAUCAGACCGCUUCGUCUUCUACCGCUGACAUCAGUGUUGUGCAGAAUUCUUUGCGUGGACAUGGACCGGUUUCCUCCCAUCUCUUGUUUCCCCCAACGCGCCCUACGCCUCAUCACCAACCGUACUAUGAGAGCUGUGUUGCGCAGCCUCAAACUUUCCCUGCCGAGCUCAUCUUCCCACCAUUGCCUGCCUCUGCUGCCUUCAACCGAGUCGUGAAUAAUAGCAACGGUUCAUCCGUUGGUCUUACGAGGUCAGAUGCGAGGCCAGCUAGUGCACAAAUUUCACCCCCUUCCACUCAAGAUGGAAACUCUCCUGCUCCGCCUGCCCUUUCGUCAGCCUCGUCUUCGUUCUCCUCUGCUUCUUCUGUACCCGAACUUACUCCCAACCGAAACUCUUCCUCAAGCCCUCCAUCGUCUUUACCCGCCACCAGCGAUGUGGACACUGACAUGCACGAUAGCCGUCCUGCGAGUGCUGGCGGCGAUAUCUACAAGACUCUCAGUUCCACAAUAAUCGCAGACCCCCUCGAUGAUCAAGAGGAGGCUUCCGUUUCCGCUGACGGAGACGAUGACGGUAUCUUCAACACCAUGUUACUUGGUCCCGUGCGAUUCUGGGGCGAGUCUCCGAAGACAGCUGGAGGUCUCCAACCAGGCAUUGAGCUCCUCAAUUUCAGCGAGUCUGACGACGACAACGACUCUAACGAAGAUAAGAAAGGGAAGAAGAAACAAGGCGUUCGAAAUCGGAAGAAUUCGUCAUUCCCUCCUGUACCCACCUCUCCUACUCUCGCCUGUCGCACUAAGCAAUCGAAGGCAAGCGGCACAGGCCGCCCUACCACACCCGUUUCCUCUUUGCCCCUACCGUCUACUCCUCGAAGUACUCAUCAAAUCUCUUCCGUCCGCACACCGAUCUCCCACAAGGGCCUUCAUAUGAGCCCGUCGACAAGCCUUGCUCACUAUAAGUCCAAUCUCGAUCCUCCUCCUGUCUAUACUGGCGGAAUAACGCCCACACCCUUGGAUUUCAUGCAGGGCGACGACGACGCCGAUCCUAUGCGGACGCCUCGAAAGUCUGGAUCCAGCACUAUGACAAUUUUUGGUAACCCAGUUACACCAAGAAAGCUCAUGUUCGGCAUGUCUGAUUCACCUUUCCGGACCCCAAGCGGCCAAUCUCCCUUCCGCACGCCUGGUUCUCGCCACAUCUUUGAUCCCCAUGACCCAAGGCGGCUCCUUGACGAGGAGUUGAACAGGAUGAAUAACGACAGUCCGGCCGGUCUGUUUGGCAAAGCGCGAGGUUCGCUGCUUUACGAUAGUCCAGGUUUGGACACGGACUCGCAUCCCAAGUGGUGGUGA